AAACAUUAGUUUAUCAACGCACGGUUUUUUUUUUAAUUAUAUUAAGUAUAAGUUAUAUUAUUUCAUAUUUAAUUUUUUGACCAUUAUUUGUAUUUUUCUUUUCGUAUGCGUAAAAUGUAAAUGAAUUCGUAUCUCGUCAAUGUAGUAUUAAAGACUUGAAAAGUUGAAAACUUUCGUAUGUUUCACUAGUCCAUAGUAAUCAAGUUCUGUAUUUUACUAACCAUUGAGUGCUCAAGGUGUAAUUUUCAAGUAUGCUGUGAAUCUCGUCUAGAAGUUAUUUAACAUACGCAUUUCAUAGUGCGCGCCGAGGAAAAACAUCUUGAGAGAAAGCACUGAUAAUAUAAUGUGGGAAAUUUUGAUCUAUGCAUUUUCCAUGUUCAUGACAGGAGCGUUGUUAUUCCUCAUGGUUUACUCUAUUAUAACACUGUCAGAUCUUGAAUGUGAUUAUUUAAAUGCUCAAGAAUGUUGUAACAGACUGAAUUUUUGGGUACGACCAAAAAUUGUUGCACAAACAAUAAUAGUUGUAGGAUUUUUGACUGAUGGCAAUUUAUGGAUGGCCCUUGUAAAUAUACCAGCUGCUGCAUGGGUCAUUUAUGAGUUUGUCACUGUACCUAGAGGAAAUACAGGAUUAUUUGACCCAACCGAGAUUCACCACCGUGGGCAAUUAAAAAAGCAUAUGCGUAAUUUUGUAAUAUUUACUGGAUGGUAUCUCAUUACUUUUUUCUUCUAUUUAUAUUUCAUGAUAUUAGCUAUACUAAAAGGCAAUCCCUUGGAGACUGAUGCGCCUCAGCACGUCAACAAAUUCUAGUCUUUUUUUUUUUUGCAAGUCCUAACAUUUAAUAUAAGUUAUUUUAUGUGUUAUUUAAGUUUAUAUGUAAACAUUUGUUUGAUAUUUUUAAUAAUAUGCUUAUCACAGUAUAAAAUGAUUGGUUUUAUGAUACACUGAUGUGCUACGCUAUACAACUCUACAAAAAAAGGUAACUGGUUCAUUGCUAGCAACAGUAAAUACGGUUCCAAGAAAUAUGUGGUCAGGACAUUUGCGGUCAGUUCUUUUUUCUGGCCAGUUGCAGUCAACUUAUUUUAUCUAACUGAGUAUCAAAUUUAAGGCACUAUAUAUAUUAAAUUAUAUACUAAAUAUAAUAUGCAAUAAUAUAUUUUAACUUCCCUUCUCACUUUUCCAGGCAGUAAUUCAAAGUAAAAAAUAUAUUCUCAGACAAUAUUUAUUUUAUUUUCUGUGAUCAAAAUUAAAAUAUAAAAUAUAUAAGAUAAAAAGAGUUAUUAAUGUAUUUGAAAAUUAGUACUUUAUUUUAAAUACAGAUACAGUUUUUUUACAAAAAUAUGUAAAAUACGUAUUUGAGUAUUUAUACAGUAUUUGAAUAAUUUUAUUCAAGUACAUUACAACACUGGGUGUUCUAUACUAAUUACUAAAUACUGAGUAAACGUUAUCGAUAAUAAUACCCAUACACGACCAAAUAUAGCAACAAAUCGGUACAAAUGUAUCCAAUAAUAAUACAUUUUUAAAUUCUCCAGUACCUAUAUGUCAACACAUUUUUAUAAUAAAUAUAGUUUAUACUAUAUUGAAUGUAAUAUAUAUAGUACCUUCAAUUUGAUAUUCAGGUAGAUAGAAAUAAGUUGACCGCAAACAGCACAAAAAAGGUGCAGACCACAAAUGUCACAACUGUAUCGGGACCGAUAUCAGUGUGUGUCUACUAUAAUAUAUGUAGAAGGGGCAGUAUAUAUAUAAUGGCUGGGGAGACGUGGUUUUCAAAUAUUUCCAUUUGUGUUUGUAAUAUUUGUUUGAUGUUUUUCUGUUUCUUAUAAUAAGAUCAAUACCUAUUCUAAUAAAUGUAUUUAGAUAUUUUGUCAUAUGAACAUUGAUAAUGUUAAUUAAAUUAAACAUUUGACAUUGGAUAAUGGACAUGACUCAUCACAUUUGUAGUUGUAAUAUUUUAUUAUUGAUGUAUUAUCAUAUUAUUUUAAGACAUUAACUUAUUGAUAUUAAUUAUUAGCAUGUAAAAAUAUUAUUUAAUUAGGAUUAAGUACAUAUUGUUUACUUAGGUAUUUAUAAUGAUAAUAAAAAAGUAAUUGAAUAAUACCUGAAUUUCAAGACUAUAAAGUAUUGAUUUAAAUUGUAUAUUUUAAACUUAAAUUAUAAAGAAUUUAACAAAAUAAAAGAUUUAAUGUUAUUUUUUCCUUUGAUAACAAUUGAAAAAGCAGAGUAGUUUUAAAACGGGAAGAGAAAUACAAUUUGUUUAGUAGGUAACUAAUUUUAAGUUUAUAGUCUGUUCCUAAUUUAAGUUUAAGCGGGGGCUGUCAAUUUAACGUAAUAAAGUACUGUUGUAUGUAUUACAAAUUGGCAAAUAUUUAU